GCACAACCCCACGCACCAGUUCUCCACGCCGGUGUUGAUUGCAACCGCGCUUGCUGCAACUGUCGCCGCCGCCGCUGCGGCUACACUCCGCCUUCCCGCAGUCGAGCCGCAGCAACCGUGCCCUCCGAUCUGAGGCCACCUCCCACUCCUCUCCGUCGUUUCUCCUUCUCUCUGCUUCGCCGGGCCACCGCGUCCUUCUCCCCUUCUCACAAGCUUGGUCAAGGAGGCUUCGGCCCUGUUUACCGCGGCACACUUCCCUCCGGAGAACACGUCGCCGUUAAGCUCUUGGAUUCCGAAUUCCUCCAAGGGGAGCGUGAGUUUCAGAACGAGCUCGCUCUCGCUUCCAAGAUCCUCACCAUGGGCUCCUCACCAGAUCGCGGCUGGGUCGUCGUUCCCUUCGGAUUCUGUAACUAUGAGAAAAGAUGCUGUUGGUGGUUUAGACGGCGGAAAGCAGCGGACUUGGAGGCGAUGGAUGAAGGCGGAGAGUCAUUGCCGUUGCGGAGGUUAUUACUGGUUUACGAACUUAUGCACAACGGAAGUUUGCAAGAUGCGUUACUUGACCGGCGAUGUCCGGAACUCAUGGACUGGCGGAGGAGAUUCUCCGUUGUAGUCGACAUCGCCCGCGGGCUUCAUUUCCUACACGUGAUCUGCGAUCCACCGGUGAUUCAUGGAGAUAUCAAGCCGAGCAACAUCCUUCUCGAUUCGCGGCUCUCGGCCAAAAUUGCCGAUUUCGGUCUCGCUCGCCUCAAUUCGCCUGCGUUUGACGGCAAUCAAAAUCUGAGCGAGGGGGAAGCACAAGGAGGGGAGAUCGAACAUAAAUCUUCGCAAAAAAAUUUGGGGAAAGAUGCGAACUUGCAGUCGGAGAUUAAUGUCGGUGGAGGGGAGGAUGAUGCGUCAGCGAUGGGGGAAACCGUCGAAAGCACGACGACCUUAGGAUUAGAGGAGCGAUUUCAGGAGGAAAUCGAUGCUUUUGUUCCAAGGGUUUCGGAGGCAGAGCUCGUAGCUUCGCCGACGGAGACUUUGACAGCCCUCGAGGUGGCCUCCACCUCGGAAGCGGGGGGAUUUGACAGGGCGAGCGUUGACAGCGGGAUGGAUACAUUUGCCUCCACCAGCAAAAGGAGCGCUCGCCGGAAAGCUGCCUCCGCCGCGGGUGGCAGCGUGGGCGUAGGAUGGGGGUGGGGGCGACAGGACGGGGGAGGCGGCGGCGCCGGCGGCGGAGGGAAUUCCGAACCUGGGAGCAGCGUUAAGGAUUACGUGAUGGAGUGGAUCCGCUCCGAAAUUAAAAAGGAACGACCAAAAAGCGAAUGGAUUACUGCAUCCACAUCUGCGGUAUCGGCUGAGGAUUGCUUACCUCGCCUAAAUGGAAGAACAGAGAGGAAGAAGCAGCAAAGGAAGCUAGAAUGGUGGGCUUCAUUAGACGAGGAGAGGACAAGGAAGAAAAGCCGGCCGGCAAGGGAGUGGUGGCGAGAGGAGUUUUGUGAGGAGCUCACCAACAAAAGCAAGCGGAAAACCAUCAGCAAAUCCAAAAGCAACAUAGAAACAGUCGAGCAUCAAUGGUGGCAGAGUGAUGCAGAGCAGCAUCGCUCUCGGCAUUGGAGGCGAAAGAGAACGAGGAAGAAAAGCUUCAGUCGUGGCAGCCAUACAAGCAACGAUCAAUGGUUUGAUCGUAUUGGUAAGAGGAGCAGCCGAGAAUGUGGUGUGGGGGACAUUCCCAAAAGCUGCACCGUGAGCAGCACGCCGAGCAUGAGAGGCACUAUCUGCUAUGUUGCCCCUGAGUACGGCGGCGGAGGACCUCUGUCUGAAAAGUGUGACAUUUAUAGCUUUGGUGUACUGUUGUUAGUGAUUGUCUCCGGCCGGCGGCCGCUGCAGGUUACCGCAUCUCCUAUGUCGGAGUUUGAGCGAGCAAAUCUCAUCUCUUGGGCGAGGCAGCUUGCGCAUGUUGGGAGGCUGCUUGAUAUCAUUGAUCCCUCUCUAAGAGCGGGUGACAGGGAGCAAGCCCUUCUAUGUAUCACUGUCGCUCUACUUUGCAUCCAGAGGUCACCUUCUUGCCGUCCAUCCAUUAAGGAGAUUGUAGAGAUGCUCACAGGGCAGUCAGAGCUCCCACAUCUUCCUCUAGAGUUUUCUCCUUCGCCGCCUGGUGGGUUUUCAUUCAAGUCUAAAAGGAAGGCCCCUCAGUGAGUACUGGUAAGCUUUAGGAAUUGCGAUGCUGGCAGUUGUUGUACAUUCAUCAUUUUUGCUCUCCAUGUCUGAGAACUAUGGAAGAGGAAGUAGUGAAGUGUUUUUACAUUUAACUUGGCUGGAACGACAUAAAUAUGUUUGAAUGAUACGUUUACAUACAUACCACUCGAUUCAAAUGUAUUUACAUGUCUAAACAGCUUAAACUUCAAU